UCACACAGCCAAAAAGCCGUGCGAAAAUCGGGCGAAAUUGCAGCGAAUUCCGGUGGCCAUGCCAUGAUAAUUGUAAUUUAAUCCUCCGGAGUCCGGAACGCUAUGCUGUUGUGCGGCCUGCAGCAGCUUUCGUAAUUAGCAACUACUGCAGUUGCAGUUGCCGUUGCAGUUGCCGUUGCAGUUGCCGUUGCAGUUGCAGUUGCCCACAACUCACAACACAGUGCAAGCAAGCGUUUUUUUUUUGCGAAAUCCAGACGCGUCUGGAUAGCCAAGAUGACACCCUUCGAUGACUUUGUCUAUCUGAUCAAUCAUGUGCUGCUGGGCGAGGAGCCGACCAUCGAGGAUUUCAUACUGCUCGUGGGCACACUGGUGGCGUUCAUAGCCUUCAUCCUGUGGUGCUGUUUUCCCAUCCAACCGAAGGAGCCUGGACCACAUCGCCAGUUCACGUGCAAAAUCAUCCAGAAUCCCAUCAAGGCCUUCGACGCCUCCACCAGCACCGAUGAUGCCCCCAAUCCGGGUGGUAGUGGCUCUGUCUCUGGCUCUGCAACCGGCAGCUCCACAUCCACAUCCGCAUCUGUAUCCGCAUCCGCAUCCGCGUCCAACCCAACGCAAUACAAUGGCAGCAGUGGCAGUGGAAGCUACAGCAAGAACGGCACCGUGGCCAUGCACAACUACUACGUUAAGAACGGACACCAUUGCUGCACCUAGGGAUGAUCAUGCCCAUCCCCAUUCCCAUCCGCAUCCAAAAUUCCCAAAAUCCCAACUAGCUACUGUCCAUGUCCAAGGCUGGACAGGAUGUUAUGUUACACACAGCACAGAACUCGGAAUACAAGAAAACGCCUUUAGUUGCCAUUUUUGGAGCACAGCCAUCCGUAUGCGGAGGGCAUAUCGAUUGAGAUUUGUGCCAAUUGGUUCGACAGGUUGUUAGGUGGCGGCUAAAAGCUGCCAGUUCGCAUUCGCAGGCAGGCACAUUUGAAUUGCAAUUGCUCAGACUGAUUUGUUUAUGGAACAUGAGAAGGAUAAGAAUUAGGAGAAGGAUAAGGAGGAGAUGGAUUUGGAGUUGGGACAGGUGGCAGGUGGCAGGGUCAAGGCCGCACACACAUAAACACACACACUCAGCAGCCCCUGGCAAGUUUCUAAAACUUCCUUGAUAUUAUCUAUAUAUGUUGUGUGCAUUUGUGGACAUACGAAAUGUAGUAUGCCUAUUUGUGUAAAGAAAUUGAAACUGGGUAUGAAAACCAAGCAACUAACUUUAGGUAUUUAUUUGUGUAAACGAUUCGCUUAGCCCCAGAGAAACUCAAGACAAUUGCGAACACAUUGUGUGCAAACAAAACAAAACAAAGCAAAACAAAACAAAGUAUCUAUCAAUUAUGUUCAGUCGGGGUGGAGGAUUAAAGAUUCCCCUCAUAUACCUAUAUAAAUAUAUAUAUAUAUAUAUCUUUAAGAUACAUUAUGUACACACCCAGAUACACACCAAUUAAUUAGCAUUAGGUAUUUGCCCUCGAAUCGCCUUCGAUUUCAACAUUUUUGAUGUGUAUUAAGGUGUAUUUUUGAUCUCAUUUAAUGAUUUAUUUAUUUAAUUGUGAUGUAACUUCAAGAUAAUUCCCAUUCCCAUACUUCUCCAAUUGCGAAUGGUUUGUACCAUGCCCCACUAAGAAGCAAAUGAAACUAAAACCUAACGACAAA